AUGGAUUCUGUACCAAGACUGACCAGCGUUUUGACUUUGGUACUCUCUGGCUUGUGGCAUUUAGGAUUAACAGCGACAAAUUACAACUGUGAUGACCCAUUGGGGUCCUUCCUCUCACCAAUGGCUUUCUCGAGCUCCUCGGAUCUCACUGGAAGUUCCAGCCCAGCUCAAUUGAAUUGGAGAAUGGGAACUGGUGGUUGGUCCCCAGCAGACUCCAAUGCCCAACAGUGGCUCCAGAUGGACCUGGGCAACAGAGUGGAGAUUACAGCAGUGGCCACGCAGGGAAGAUACGGGAGCUCUGACUGGGUGACAAGCUAUCGCCUGAUGUUCAGCGACACAGGGCACAACUGGCAACAGUACAAGCAAGAAGACAGCAUAUGGACAUUUGUAGGAAACAUGAAUGCUGACAGUGUCGUGCACCACAAGCUACUACACUCUGUGAGAACCCGCUUUGUUCGCUUUGUGCCCUUGGAGUGGAACCCAAGUGGAAGGAUUGGCAUGAGAGUGGAGGUCUAUGGAUGCUCCUACAAAUCAGAUGUUGCUGACUUUGAUGGCAGGAGCUCGCUUUUGUACAGGUUCAAUCAGAAGAUGAUGAGCACCCUCAAAGAUGUGAUCUCCCUGAAGUUCAAGAGUAUGCAAGGAGAUGGGGUUCUGUUCCAUGGAGAAGGACAGCGUGGAGACUAUAUCACCAUGGAGCUCCAGAAGGGCAGGCUGGCCCUGUACCUGAACCUAGAUGACAGCAAAGCUAGACUCAGCAGCAUCGCACCCUCUGUUGUGCUGGGCAGCCUUCUGGAUGACCAGCACUGGCACUCGGUUCUCCUGGAGCGUGUGGGCAAACAGGCAAACUUCACUGUGGACACAAACACACAGCACUUCAGGACCAAGGGUGAGACUGAUGUCCUGGACAUUGACUAUGAGCUCAGUUUUGGAGGAAUUCCAGUGCCAAGCAAACCUGGAACCUUUUUAAAGAAAAACUUUCAUGGCUGUAUUGAAAACCUUUACUACAAUGGAGUGAACAUAAUUGACUUGGCUAAAAGACGCAAGCAUCAGAUCUACUCUGUGGGCAAUGUCACUUUUUCCUGCUCAGAACCACAACUAGUCCCCAUCACGUUUGUCAGCUCCAGAAGCAGUUACCUGCUGUUGCCUGGCACCCCCCAGAUUGACGGACUGUCAGUGAGUUUCCAGUUUCGAACAUGGAACAGGGAUGGCCUGCUUCUAUCCACAGAGCUGUCUGAAGGCUCAGGGACCCUGAUGCUCAUGAUGGAGGGUGGGACUCUGAGGCUCCUGAUUAAGAAAGUAGCAGGACAUGGAGCUGAAAUCCUUACAGGCAGUUCCUUGAAUGAUGGCCUGUGGCAUUCGGUCAGCAUCAACGCCAGGAGAAACCGGGUCACUCUCACACUGGAUAAUGAUCCUGCUUCCCCGGCUCCGGACGCCUCCAGGCUGCGAAUUUAUUCUGGAAAUAGUUACUACUUUGGAGGGUGCCCCGACAAUCUCUCCGAUUCCCAAUGCUUAAAUCCCAUUAAGGCUUUCCAAGGCUGCAUGAGGCUCAUCUUUAUUGAUAACCAGCCCAAGGACCUCAUUUCAGUUCAGCAAGGUUCCCUGGGGAAUUUUAGUGAUUUACACAUUGAUCUGUGUAGCAUCAAAGACAGGUGCUUGCCAAACUACUGUGAACAUGGAGGACACUGUGUCCAAUCCUGGACCACCUUCGACUGCAACUGCAGUGACACUGGUUACACGGGCGCCACCUGUCACGACUCCAUCUAUGAGCAAUCCUGUGAAGUGUACAGACACCAAGGGAACAAGGCUGGCUUCUUCUAUGUUGACUCUGAUGGCAGCGGGCCGCUGGGACCUCUCCAGGUGUACUGCAAUAUCACCGAGGACAAGAUCUGGAUGACAGUUCAGCACAACAACACAGAGCUGACUCGGGUACAGGGUUCCAACCCUGAGAAGCCCUAUUCCAUGACCUUAAACUACGGUGGCAGUAUGGAGCAGCUGGAGGCUCUGAUUGAUGGCUCAGAGCACUGUGAACAGGAGGUGGUAUAUCACUGCAGAAGAUCUCGCCUGCUUAACACACCAGGUAAGCCCCCAUUCACCUGGUGGAUUGGGAGGUCUAAUGAAAGACACCCUUACUGGGGAGGCUCCGUUCAGGGGUCCAGCAGUGGUGGAUGUGGCCUAGAGGAGAGCUGUUUGGACAUUCAACACUUUUGCAAUUGUGAUGCGGACACAGAUGAAUGGACAAAGGAUACUGGCUUUCUUUCCUUCAAAGAUCACCUGCCUGUAACUCAGAUAAUUAUCACUGAUACCAACAGAUCAAACUCAGAAGCUGCUUGGAGGAUUGGCCCCUUGCGUUGCUAUGGUGACCGACACUAUUGGAAUGCUGUCUCCUUUUCUACCGAAGCUUCUUACCUCCACUUUCCUACCUUCCAUGCGGAAUUCAGUGCUGACAUUUCCUUCUUCUUUAAAACCACCGCUUUAUCUGGAGUUUUCCUAGAGAACCUGGGCAUUAAAGACUUCAUCCGACUUGAAAUGAGCUCCAGGCAUUACUAUGCCAGAGGAGGCACAGACAAGUGGAGCCCUGUGGCUCAUCUUGCAGAAUUGGUGAGCUCCAAGUUCAGUGAGAGAUUCUGUUCAAAAUAUGAGGUGGAGAAUCAUUUAGGAGAAAGUUGGACAUCAACCUCUGGAGAGUCUGAGCACAUCUUGGCCAGUGUUGGGAAUGGCCCUGUUGAACUCCUCGUUCAGUCCCCUUCUUCUCCUCUGAAUGACAACCAUGGCAUUUUAUCCGAAGCGGAAAGGAACCUCAAGAGACUUCGCUGCAGGUGGGACAAUCUUCCUCGAAGUAAACCAAGGGAGACCCUCAGAGGAAGGCAAAUUUCCCGACUUCAGCUGAUAGGCCAGUGUUUGGUAGGAGGGACAUCAUCAAGACAGAAGGGGUUUCUUGGAUGCAUCCGCUCUUUACACUUGAAUGGGCAGAAAGUGGACCUGGAAGAGAGGGCAAAGGUCACGUCUGGAGUCAGACCUGGCUGCCCAGGUCACUGCAGCAGCUAUGGAAGCAACUGCCACAAUGGUGGCAAGUGUGUGGUAAAGCACAGUGGCUACUCUUGUGACUGCACUACCUCACCAUAUGAAGGACCUUUUUGCAGGAAAGAGAUUUCAGCUCUUUUUGAUUCCAGGAGCUCGGUUAUAUACAUGUUUCAAGAACCUUACCCGGUGACCAAGAACACAAGCCGGUCAUCUUCAGCUAUCUAUGCAGAUACAGCUCCAUCAAAGGAAACCAUCACACUGAGCUUUGUGACAGCACAGGCUCCCAGCCUCUUGCUCUUCCUCAAUUCCUCUUCUCAUGAUUUUCUGGCUCUCCUGCUCUGCAAAAAUGGAAGUUUACAAGUUCGCUAUCGGCUCACCAAGGAAGAAAGUCAUGUGUUCACCAUCAGCACAGAGAACUUGGCCAACAGAAGGGUGCAUCAGGUGAAGAUGAGCCGAGAGGGGCUCGAGCUUUCUGUUCAGGUGGACCAACAACUCUUCAGCUAUAGCUUCUCCCCAGAAGUUGAGUUCAGGACAGCCAGGUCACUCGUCCUAGGCAAAGUCACAGAGACACUUGGCUUGGAUCCGGAAGUUGCUCGAGCAAACACCUUGGGUUUUGUUGGAUGCCUUUCUUCAGUCCAAUACAACCACAUAGCACCUUUGAAGGCAGCCCUCCGUCAUGCCAACAUUGCACCUGUGACUGUCCAAGGGACCUUGACAGAAUCCAACUGUGGCUCCAUGGUGGACUCUGAUAUGAAUGCAGUGACCACUGUGCAUUCUUCAUCAGAUCCCUUUGGAAAGACAGAUGAGCGUGAACCACUCACAAAUGCCGUCCGAAGUGACUCAGCAGUCAUUGGAGGUGUGAUAGCAGUGGUGACAUUUAUCACCUUCUGUGUCAUCGGCAUCAUGACCCGCUUUCUAUAUCAGCAUAAGCAGUCACACCGUACCAAUCAGAUGAAGGAGAAGGAAUACCCAGAGACCUUGGACAAUUCCUUUAGAAAUGACAUUGACUUGCAAAACACAGCCAGCGAGUGCAAACGGGAAUACUUCAUCUGA